AUGAGGCUCGCGUGGUGGUUGCUAGUGCUAUUCGCUACAGGAUUCGCUCUAGAACACCGGGGGAGGUUGCACGAGCGGGCAUUAGAGGAUGAGGUAAUCUCAACCGCAGCUACUGUGACCGUAACAGAAAAAGUUUCCUAUAAUGCCCCAGCUACUGUAACCGUAACAGACAAGGCUUCCCACGAUGCCCGAACUACUGUAACCGUGUUAGUUCCCUCCGCGGCCAGCUACUCUAUCUCGCACGCCAAACAAAACAAAGACGAGUUACUCAAGGUCCCGGAUCGGCCCUGCGGUUGGCCGAAACCGAGCAAGGCCCAAUGGGAGAAAGACAAUGUCACGGGAUGGAUAGAAAAACAACGCGCCAUCUGGGCCAACGACAAACGUGACACUUCGAACCCCCACUUCAUAAAUUAUUUGGUUAAUCAUUAUGUGCCGUACUCGUCGGCAGCAGUUUUGACGGACUGCAACCUACGCGGGGUUUGCGUGGCCGUCGAUUGCAAGCUCGUCGCGCAAGACAAUUACACUUCUGCUGACGACCAACGCAAGGCUUGGUACUUCUUCGACUCGACCAGCAAACUGCACGCCCGACUCAGUGACAUGAUCGACAUGGUCAGAAAUGCGAGUCAUGGAUAUGAUGAACAUAGGGAGAAGCUUAUAAGCACCUUUGCUACAAAUUACAUCGUACAGAAUUAUGUCAAUAUGUCGGAGCCGGAACGCCAACGAUACCAGGAAAGAUUUACUUUAUACACUUUGCUCGCAUUCACUACCGCCUCGGCAUUGGCGAAAACGACGCAGAGUGUAGAGGCAGGAUGGAAGGCGGCCUCGUCCAUGGUGGGCGCCCAGGGCGCCCAGGAUGGGAUCGUUGCUGCGUAUACUAUUCUACGCAAUACUCUACACAGAGAGAUGCACACAGAGAAGCCCAACCCACGGGUUGAUUCCACACAACCUGAGGUGUUCGUGACGAGGGUAGCGGAUCACAUAUCAAAACUACUCACUGAAAACGCAAGAGACCUCUUCAAGAGAGGGAAAACGGACAUGUACCUGUUCUGGACAGGGGAAGUAGACUUUGCCUCAAAUACAACGCUGGCCAAGGCGUUAGGUUCUGGACUCUAUGUCAAUACGACGGACGAGGUCAUCGGAGGGGCCCAGGUCUCGCAAGUGUUUGAAAAAUUCUUCUCUGCACUAGCAAUCAAUUAUUUUUGGAGAAAGUCGGCCGUCUGGAUCACCUGGGCACCCACGGCACCUCAUGGAGACUGCGAAUCAGACAAGCGAGGCAUCCUCAUCACCAAAGUCUGUCUGGAAGAAUACCCGCGUUCGGUCUUGUUUCUGAACUUUCUCAAGGGUUCAAAUUUUCAGCCUAACGACCAACCAAAACAUAUAUCACCCAAGCGUAGACUCAUCCCAACGAGCCCUACGCUAGCAUACAAUGGCGCGUGGGUACAUAUACCGCCCGGGCUUAAAGCCCUCCGAACGUAUCCCAAGCGCUAUGGGAACGUCACGGUCGAGGAUAUCGUCCGGCAUUCCAUUGUCCACUACAACCAAUCGAGCUUUGAAGAGAUCAAAGACCUAAGCGCGUGGGCUGGAAGAGCGACGGAUGCCCUGGCAGCCCCGCCUAAGCACAAUACUGCGGACCAUCUCAUGGCUGCUCUUUCGGCGGGUCUGUUAUUCAACAUACCAGUUGCAAGAUCUCCCUACGGCCAGGCAAUUCCGCCCGGACACGAUAUUCUUGACUACCAAAUGCCAGUUGGAUCAGACUACAAACAUUUAUCAACACUGCCAGAGUUAUCAAGAAACUUCCCUUGCAGAGUCGGAAACAUCAACGUCACGUCCGACUUCGACGGAUCGGUCGCACCGCCGCGGGACGAGAGCACCGCCUUCAUCAAUGCGACAGGUCUUUACCGCGUCGGCGAGUUCUGGGAGGGGUGCAUAAACUUUGCGAAUUGCCAGACGAAGCACACGACGCCCCGCCAUUUUUUCCAAGAUGGGGAUGAUCAAGCGGUACGGGAUAAAGAAUACAGUGGAGAUUUCUACAAUUGCUUUGUCCAGAAACAUGCGGUAGCUCCACUGCAACCUUGGCAGUAUACGCCUGGGCCCUGGAACGACUGGAACGGCACUGACGAGGCUAGCGAAUGGGAAGAUAGGGUGGGACUACAAAGGGUACAUUUACAAGGGCAGAAGGAUGGUCCAACCUCGCGUCCAUAG